AUGGCUCAGAAUAUCGAAAGAGCGACAGAUCUAGACUCGGAUACGAAAAUUAUGCUCAGAGAACUUGGGAUUGAGUCCCCAUUACUGAAGACAACAGCUGGAGCGCGCAGUGGACAAGGGAUUGGGCACGCGCAACUGCGUGAUCGCUUCCCCGCUGGCGACACGGCACAACAGACUCGACAGCCUCGGCCGAAUGCGACGCAACGCUCGACUCUUCAGCAGGGACUGCAGGCUGCAACUCAGAGCCGAUCUCCUCCGCAGCCUCUCCCGGACCUGGGCGUGUCGUGGCCCAUGAACCAGCCCUCGUACCCAAGCUCGGGAAAUCCUCCAUCGAACCACGUCGAGGCCCCGUCCCAUCCGGCACCAGGCCUCCCUCAGGGCACAGUGGGCACAAUGCAGCAGCAGAAUGGAUUCACCUUUGAUCCGGCCCAGUUUGGCGCUUCAACUGCCAACGGCAACGGGCUCUCCAUGCACUCCUCGCAGAUUCCGACGACUCAGCAGGGUGUGGCCAACUGGGAGUUUGCUGGACAGAACCCAGUUUCCGCCGCAUCUACGAAUGCCCGUGCCCAGCAUCCUGAUAUAUACGACCUUGACAGCUUUUUUGAGGGGCUAGGGGGAAACAUUUAA